CCACUCAGCAUGCAGCUUGGACAAUGGUGGCUGUAUGCCUAAAGAGAUAUGUGUACCUGGAUCCAAGAAUGCCAUAAACUGUCUCUGUCCAGAUGAUCAAGGCAGCUGCUAUGCCAGUGAAGAUUUAUCAGAAAAGUUGCCUUUCCCAGAGACUCUAUUUUGUCCACGGACCUUCCUGUCAUGUCGGGAUGGGAAAGAAUGCGUGUCUUCAGAUUUUGUAUGUGAUGGUGAGAAGGACUGUAUUGAUGGCUCUGAUGAAGACGACUGCACAGCUUUUUGCAGCAAAUCAGGUAUGUUUCAGUGCUUAAAAGGUGUAAAAUGUAUUGAAGAGCGGUAUCGCUGUGAUGGUGUACCACAGUGUCCUGAUGGAUCAGAUGAGCAAAAUUGCUGGAAGCCAUCAGAAAGUUGUGCCUUGCGCUGUGAUCGGAAUAGUCGCUGCAUCCCUGAGAGUUGGUUAUGUGAUAAUAAAUCUGACUGCUUUGACGAAGCAGAUGAGCAAGGUUGUGCGCCUAAGCAAUGUAGUAGUGGCAAGUUCCAGUGUAUGAAUGGUCAGUGUCUCCCGAAAACCAUGGUCUGUGAUGGAGACAAUGACUGUGGCGAUCACUCUGAUGAAAAAGGUUGCGCAGUCUCUAAGCCUGUACACUGUCAAAGUGGGGAUGUCCUAUGUGACAGUGGCGAAUGCAUCCUGAAGCAAUGGAAAUGUGACGGUGCAAAUGACUGCAAGGAUGGAAGUGAUGAAAAGGAUUGUAAAUUUGGGAAGAUUGAAUGUGAAAAGGCACAGUGGGCUUGUGCUAGCAAAGAACAAUGUAUCCCAUCCUUUUGGCGCUGUGAUGGAAGCAAGGACUGCAGAGAUGGUAGUGACGAAACUGGUUGUGGACUCCAAAGCUGCAAAAAUGAUAUGUUCCAGUGUAAGAAUUUUGACUGCAUCCCUAUGAAGGUAGUUUGUGAUGGGAAAUAUGACUGCUUGGAUAGUUCAGAUGAAGGGGGCAUGUGUAACAAGACAUGUGGAGAAGGAUGUUCACAUGCAUGCUUUCUUUCCCCACUUGGCCCGAAAUGCCUGUGUGAAAGAGGUUUCAAGUUAAAUGGGAAUAGAAGUAAAUGCAUUGAUAUAAAUGAGUGCAAAGAACUUGAUCCGUCCCCAUGCAGCCAAUCUUGUAUGAACCAAAAUGGCACAUACACCUGUACCUGCCAUCCCGGUUAUGCUCUGCAGCCUGAUGGUCAUCAGUGUAAAGUGACAGGUACAGAACCAGUUUUGCUGGUAGCAGUUCAGUUUGAUCUGAUGAUAUACAAGUUAAGGACCUUGGAAGAAGAGAUACUAACAUCCACAGAUAAGCGCUCAAUGAUCUUUUCUGUGGAUUAUGAUGUGCAACAACAGAGGGUCUUCUGGAUGGACCUUAAUGCUGAGAGCAUCAAAUGGCUAACCUUGGGAACAAAAACUAAAGGAACCCUUGUGAAAGGAAUUAAAUCAGAUUGCAUAGCUGUUGACUGGGUUGGCCGCAACCUGUAUUGGACGGAUGGGGUAGCUGGGCAGAUCCUUGCAACAGCAUUAAAUGCAUCUUGGAAAGGCUAUCCUGAAUACACAGUGGUCAUUGAUGAACACCUAGAUCAGCCACGCUCUUUGGUCUUGCAGUCACUUAGUGGAAUCAUGUACUGGUCUGAAAUUGGAUUAAAACCACAAAUUGAGCAAGCUGGUAUGGAUGGGGCACACAGAAAAGUACUAAUUGCAGAGCAACUUGGCUGGCCAACAGGUCUAGCCCUCGACUUGCUGAGCUGGAAAAUCUAUUGGUCAGAUGAUAAGUUUCAUUCUAUCGGGGCAGCUAAUUUAGAUGGCACAAACAUUAAGGUAAUUCAAAUGGAUAAUAUUCAAAGCCCCUUCGCCUUAACUGUGUUUGAGGAUGAGAUAUACUGGUCUGAAAUAAAUGCAAGAACCGUGCAAAAAAUGAAUAAGAAGACUGGCAAAUACUCAUCUGUUCUAAUAAAGAGACAUGGCCAGCCUUAUGGACUUAAGGUGAUGCAUGAGGUUCUGCAACCAAGAAUGGACAACCCUUGCCAACUACUAAAGUGUUCACACUUGUGCCUUAUUGGGCCUGGGUUAAAUGGAAGCUGUUGGUGUCCAACAGGACUUUUGCUUUCAAGCAAUAUGUGGAGUUGUGUUCCUUUUAAGGAGUUGUCGUUUCUACUAUUGGCACUGCCAGCGUCUGUCAUGCAGGUCUCUUUGCAAAAAAGAAUACUUGACCAAAAGACGCCUAUGAAAAUUCAGAUUGCUUCUUUAAACAACAUUAAUCCUCUUUCGUCUUUUGACUAUGUUGUGCAAAAUCACUUACUUGUUUUGGCUGUAAAAAAUGGUGAAUACAUAGCUUCAGCUAAGAUCAAAGAUGACCUGAAGGAUUGGAAAAAAGUCAUGUAUGUCGAGGACAGUGUUACAUCCAUUGCUGCGGACUGGAUAACUGGAAAUAUUUUCUGGAUUAGCACAUCUAAGCCGUACAUUCAAGUAGCUACUUUGAAUGGCUUGUAUAAAACUGCAGUGAUAAACAAUAACUUGUUUCAGCCAUUCUGCAUUGCACUCUUCCCAUCCAUUGGCAUAAUGUGCUAUUUUGAUGCUGGAAUACAGAGUCAAAAGAUCAGCGGAAAAAUCGAAUGUGCAAAUAUGGAUGGGACUGAGAGGAGAGUUCUAUGGAGAAAGAGCAAAAUGGUGACAGGACUGACUUUUGCAGACUCUGGUUCUCGACUUUAUUGGGCUGAUAGAGCAUAUGGCAGAAUUGAGUCUAUUUUGGUGGAUGGGUCAAAUCAUAAAGUGAUAUGGAGUGGACUGAAUGGCCUGAACUUAUUCACUACCGGAAACGAUAUUUUGUUCUGGACAAUGCUCGCUGAUGGAAAACCAAAAGUUUGGUUCAGCAGAUUGGAUACACAAGAAAAUAAUUUUUUUGAAAUGGACCAGAAGGUGGUUGAUCUUAAAGUGUACAGCAGCCUGACUCAGCAAGGCAGCAAUGGAUGUUCCAAAAAUAAUGGUGGCUGUAACCAGAUUUGUCUGCCAAACCUCAAAGGACGUACAUGCCGUUGCUCCUCUACCCAUCACCUGGUGAAUGGUACACGGUGUCUUGAGGAGUUACAAUGCCCCAAAGGUUCUCAGAUCUGCAAAGAUGGUUUAAAGUGUAUUCUGAAUAACAAAAUAUGUGAUCACCAAGCAGACUGUUUAGAUCGUUCUGAUGAAGAAAGCUGCAAGUACAGGAUUGAAGGAAAGGGUACGAAGAAUGCCAUUUUGACAACCCUGACAGCCAAACCUAAAACAUCUGCUGACAGAAACCUGUAUACUCCAAGUAGCACUUUCUCUGUAGAUUUUGAAAAAACAGAAUAUAACCAAACAAAUGAAGAUUUUGGAAGAAACAUGGAGUCCAGGCCAUGUAAUAGCGAGAUCUGUAACACGAGAGGAACUUGUGUGGUUGAAAACGAUGUUGUCAAAUGUCGGUGUGCCCUGGGUUACGCUGGAGACUUUUGUGAAGAAGGGUUAAAACCACUCGCUGUGCCCCUCACUCUUGGCACUAUAGCAGUUCUUCUUGCGUUUGUGAUAGCAGCUGGAGUCUUUCUGUUUAUCUCCCGAAGAAGAGCUUUGGAAAGGACCUAUAGCUCUGCUUCUUCAAGGACUCUAACUAGGCAAACUAAGGACACGGAGCCACUGGAAGCAGAGAAUAUGGAGUUCUCUGAAACCAUUUUUAAUGACGCAUUUGAUGCUGAAGGCACCAACAGGACCAUGUUUGAAACGGGUACUGAAGACCCAAAGAGCUGAGAAUUCCACCAACGUUGCAUUGUAUAAUAAAAAAUGUAAUAUGAAUAUACAAAUGAAAAAUAAUAAAAAACUUUCACAUAA